AGGCGCACCGUAGGCGAGCGAGACGAGCUCCGUUACGGUUGAUUAACGCUCGGAAGUGAUCGAGUGGUCUUUUCGUGGAGCAGUCGCACUUUCGCGUCCAGAAAAGCUGCCGAUCCGCCGCGCGCGUUAACGCACAGCGCGGCGUUACUGUAUAACAACAACAACAACAACAAUCUCGCGCACGAAACAGAACACGUCGAUGCGCGUCGCGAAAUUCGCACAGAGACGCCUGUGAUAAUGAGAAGUGUGAGAGUGCGUGGAGUCGGCUAGCGUGGAUCGACUGGUAUCGACACGAGAGAGUAUCUACAGAAAGAGCGAGAGAGAGAGAGAGCACGAUGACAGCGAUGUCGUGCGUAUCUCGUCUUUCGGAAUCUUGAAGCGAUCUACGUGGUGUGUUGGCAAGACGUGUUGGAAACAACGUGGAGAAGAAGACGCUCGUCGAUGAAGCGUUCAGGAUCGUCAAGAAAUUGUCGCUUCUCUCGACGGAGAUCGAACAUCACACGACACCAAAGUCCGUUCGAAUGCUCGGCUGAGUAAACUCGGUUCACAUCAAAGAAGACUCCCCUCUGGGAGAGGCCGAAAACAAAUCUCAAUCUGUAUUUUCUUCAAAACAAACAAACAAAACCAAACAUGACUCGCUCAAAACGUAUCAAGUUUACGCGUGCGUAAAAAUCAUCAGGAUUGGAAGACUAUCGGUCGAAGAAAAUCCGGCCGUAUGCAUCGACCGGGAUCGUCCGCGAUCGCUGGAAUCGAGACGUAGAUAAAUUCGCGCGUAUAGACGCGAAGAGUGUGGAGAACUCCACAGGUGGACCUGUACGUUAAAACGCGCAGCAGAAUCCAAAGUGCGGUGUCUCAGUGAGAUGGCCUUCAUGAUGAAGAAGAAGAAAUACAAAUUCUCCGUGGAGGUUGAUCUCGAGGAGCUCACGGCGGUUCCGUUUGUCAGUGCCGUGCUUUUCGCCAAGUUGAGGCUUCUGGAUGGCGGUUCCUUUGUUGAUCAUUCCACUAGAGAGGAGGUGCAGGAGCACACAGUGAGAUGGAACGCAAAGUUCGAGUUUUUAUGCAAGAUGAGCGCCAACGCGUCCACAGGCGUGCUUGAUCCGUGCAUUUUGAGGAUAUCCGUGAGGAAGGAAUUAAAAGGAGGUAGAUCUUUUCAAAAACUAGGCUUUACCGACCUGAAUCUAGCCGAAUUCGCAGGAGCUGGCCUCUGUCGAAGAAGAUGUCUUCUGGAAGGUUACGACGCGCGACAUCGUCAGGAUAACUCGAUGCUGCGUGUAGCCAUCAAAAUGAACAUGCUCUCCGGAGAUAUCUUGUUUAAAGUCCCCUCCCCGUCGCUGAAACAAACGCAAUUGGCAGUGCCCGGAGUGCAAGGUGUACCUGGCGUUACCGGCGACGAAGUGACAACAUCCGAGAGAUGCACCAAUCGAGAGGAUUACGUGUCCACUGGUUCGCUGGCGGGAAGUAUAGCUAGCGCCAGCAGCGGCUUCGGAAGUCUUCCCAAAAAGAGGCCCGCGCUCUUUAGCCCUGAUCUUAUUGGCGCGACCGAAACCGACCCGAUGACUCUCAGCGAGAUCGUACCUUCGGCAGUUCCGGUGGAAGCUCUGGUAGAAGCGCACACAGAGUCGGGACACUCGCGCAACAGCAGCAACACCAGUCAACUUAGCAAAGGAUCCGGCUACGGUUCCUUGAAUUCACACAGCCAGCACAGCAGACAGAGCAGUAGUGGUGACAGUGGUCAUAUUAGGUCACCUUCUUGGCCGGUAUGGGCACCACGAAUUCCCAAUUCCUCUCAAAACUCCGCACAACCGAUUGCCUGUCGACACGACAUCUUUAUUGAACCUCCGUUGUCACACCCGUCUUCCUUGUCGCACGUAGCUUCCAGAACUCGAUUCUGGUCAACGUCGAGUCCUCUUUCUUCGCGUAGCGUUCCGACGUACGCUAAAGAUUCGACCGGCAUUGUGAAAAACAUUUAUUCAGCCGGAAAUGGUUUAUUGAACAACAACAGUUCAAAUAAUGGCUAUAACGACACAGAGACCAACAUUAUAACUCCCGGUAUCUUCAGGAUACCCGAUGUACCGCAACACUCGCGCAAGAAUGACAACUUCGAGAUGCGCAACGAACGUAAUGCGAUAAUAGGCGCGAACACCAAGGAAAGUAACGGGCAGCAGAGUAAUGUUUUCCCGGUCGCGAAGCCGAGAAUUAGCGCAUUGAGUUGGCGCGGUAUGUCGAAAACGUGCGACUGCAUUGAGAAAGGCAAAACGAGUCCGGUCUUGAAACUGGUCGAUCAGGCCAGAGCUGUGUCCUCUCCCGAUCCUCUCCAUAGGCCCGACAAUCAAAGAACCUCGCUACGUCCUGCGACAACAGCUCAAACCUUCAGAAAUCCUUCCGGCGGUUCAGGUCUAAGUGAAACUGGAUCGUUAGACCGCGCUAAGGCAGCAUUAGAGCGCAGAAAAAAAGCAGAAGAUGGCACAGGAAAUCCUAUUCUCUGUAGGGUCGAAGUCACUCGACCAAAUCCUGAUUCUCUUAUUGAUGAACUUCUUAAGGCAACAAAUCUAGAACAGACAGAUCUUGAAAGUUCCGAGACAACUGGUCUUCAACUCUUCAUCGCGAAAGACGGCACGACUGCACUUGGCAGCCACGAAGUUAAAAGCCAAAUGCCUGCCGGUGUGUUCAAACAAGUGGUAAUGGAGGAGAAUAAUAGGUAACACGAAGCCAUCACGACGAGACGGCAAUAUGCAAGACAGGCCAGCGCUACGUUUUCAUUAGCUCUGGUGCCAGAGCUAGUCUACGAGGCAUAUGAACCGCGGUAGUUACAAGAGAGGAGCGACAACGUUGGGCGAAGAAUUUCUUGACUCAGGAGGAACGGCGAAAACAAAACAAAAAACUCGCGCUCGUAUCCUUCUAGAUUAUACAGCUAGAUUAUUCUAGAUUACAUUAUUCUCUACAUGUGAAAGUACACCUCGAUCUGGAGGGGAAGUCAUCAAACCGAUGUAUCCGUUUAAACGGAACGCUUGCGUCGAUUACUUUACAAUGACAAAUCCAUUUUACGGAUUAUUAGCAGAAUCGAAAUUAAUUAUCCUAAAAAUUCCUCCUUGUAAGUGCACAUAUAAAACAUAAGUUUAAUUGUGUACAGUAUUACGCGAUCAUUACGUAUAUGUUUUAAUACUUUGUCGGUUCGAGGUGUAAACACGGAUUUCGCAUUUUUCCUUUUUUUUUCUUUUCAAGGUCUGCAGAAAAAACAAUUUGCGCACAGCACUUUGCAGCACUGCUGACCUGCGACCAACGAUCUGUGUAAAUCGGCUGCGUACAAUGCAAAUGAAAGGCAAUAUAUGUGUAUAAGCGUUUGUAAAACUGAUAUUGAGCAAACAGACUCAUGUUUUCGAAACUGACUCAACAUUUUCUUCCUUUAAAUAUGAAGAGCACAAUGAUUUUCAUCAAGUAUGUUUUACUUGAAAAGAGCGUUAGUCAAUAAAAUUUAAUCAUAAAAAAAUACAGCGUAGUUAAAAGAAUAUAGUUACGUAAAAAAUUAAUAAUAGACAAAAAAAACAAGGUCAAGGUCCGACGAAACUUUGAAAUAACAUCGAGAGAAAUUUUGAGCACCAAGUUUGUUUAUCUGUCUGUAGCAAUAUAUACGAUGAUGAUAUCUUUAUUUAUAUGUAAAACCGACUCGUAAUGUCCAUAAAAACGACUCACAAGGUAACAACAAAAGAAUAUCAAACUUAGAUACAUGUGUCGCAAUUACAUACACAUUUUGGUAAUAAAAAAAA